AACGCCGCAAAUUCGCUUGACGUCACUGAGAGUGCAGUCUAUAUAACGGCACCACUCAGACGUUGACGUGCCCUGUAAUCGAAAUGCCGUUCACAGCUUCCGACGUUUGCAAGAUAAUUUUUGCUAUCAUUCUUCCUCCUUUGGGCGUAUUCUUGGAACGGGGGUGUACAGCCGACCUGCUCAUUAAUUGCCUACUAACUCUUCUUGGAUGUGAGUCCCUUUCAUACGAUUCAUUGCGUUCGCUACUGACUAGUUUUUACUUUAGAUCUUCCAGGAAUUAUCCACGCACUCUACAUCAUUCUGAAGUAUUGAGAAUGGCAAGGACUUCCUCAGUCGAGCCUUUCAUGCUCCGUCGAUGAACUUAAUACAUCAAUUAUUGGUGGUAUAUCCAGGAGGGGAUCAAACACGUUCUCUCGGCAUUGUCCCAUUAAUGCACACUACACUUUAUAUUACACACAUGCUUUCGCUAGUAAUUGCCACCGACUGAACGCCCAGUA